AUAAAUAAUAAAUUCAGGUUUUAUAUCGUCGGCGAAUAUAUGACAGCUGAUUUGUUCACCAAUUUCGAAAUAUUAAUAUCCAAUGCCAAACAUAUUUAGUUUAUGUUUUGAAUCGAAUUUAAGAACAAGCGAAGUAAAUAUUUAGCACAUAAUCUCAAAAAAGUGCAACACUGAGCUUCUACUGCCGCUGCUUUUGAAUCAAAGUCCUGAAAAUUUUAUAUUUUGGUGAACAUUUUCAAUGUCAACGCAAAAGUGAAUAAUUAUUUUAAAUUUAAUGUGGAAUCAUCGGUAACGACAGUUUUAUAUUGGCGCUAAAAUGCAAAACUCACAGGGGGAAUCGCAGGGGGAUCACAAUUACGUCGCUCGUCGUACACGCUCAACUUCUAGCGACGACUCCAGUAUAGAAUUCAACAAUAUAAAUAGGCGGAGAACACGUUUAAGACGCGGACAAGUAGGUAAUACCGACCAUGAUUAUAUCUCGUUAAGGGCGCUAAGCGAGGAAGACGCAGAUGACGUUGAAAAUGAGCCCAAUACUGUCCACAUGGAGGAGCAAGCCAACAGUCAUGAAGGAGACAACAAUGUUGAUACAGAUGCGGCUGAAGUUGAUGUUGUUAAUCACCUAGCUGAAGAAGCGCAAGAAAUGCUUAGAGAAUCUUUGCCGCACGAACGACGAUCAAGCGACGAAGGAUCUGAUAUUGUGGUUGCACCUGAAUCUACUCCACCUGACCCUUUGCCUGGCCCUAGUAUUGGCUCAGAUUCUGCUGAUAUUGAUGUGUCAAACAACGAGGGUUCAACGGUAAAUUUGGUUUCCCCAUCACCACCGAAGAAGCGAAAGCGACUCAGUACAGGCACUCCAAAAUCGAACACACCGCGUGUUAAAUCCACCGAUGGAAAUGGUCUGGAGGGAGAUGAAGAAGACGAAGGUAUGAUAUGCCCUAUUUGCCUCGACAACUGGGAGAUGUCAGGUGAACACCGUCUAGUGUCCUUGCGCUGUGGACAUCUCUUCGGGGAUUCCUGCAUUCGUCGCUGGUUGGCAGAGAGUGCACGCCAGUCGGGCAUUAAGGCUUGUCCACAAUGCAAAGCAAAGGCGGCAAUCCGUGAUAUACGUUGUUUGUACGCUAAGCGGCUAAGGGCAAUCGAUCGCAGCGAAGAGCAUCGCUUACGCGAGCAGUUAGAGACAGAGCGUUGCCGCUCACAGUCAUUACAAACGGAAGUAGCGUCUUUAAAAAUGGCGCAUAAAAUGGUAGCCAUGCAAAUGCAAACCCUUCAGGCAGAGAACGAUCGCAUGAAACAAAUGCUACGAACUGGUGGAGGCAAUAGCUUCAGCUACGAUGCCAACUUUGCCGAUAACAAGGAAUUGCUAAGACUCCAGAUACAACGGAUUUAUCUCGAGCGUACAAUUGAGUUGACACGCGAGCCUGGUUGCCGAGUAUUAAUACACGCUGCACAGCAUUCUACAAUUUUGGCAUCACAGAAAAGUGCGCAAGGUCUAUUUCCUGGCUAUGGCGUGCGCUUCAUCGAUAUGCCUACAUUUCGUACCUCAACAUUCUUACAUGCGUCGUCGAAAUUAUUGCGAGAUAUUAGCUUAAGUUCCGAUCAGCAGCUCCUGGCUGUGGCAAGCAUGGAAACACGUUCCAAAUUGUUCGAUUUGCGCACCCGUCAAGUGGUUUCCACAUUCGAACCAGGUGAGAAAAUGCUGUGGGCAUGUGCUAUAGACCGCAAAGAGCGAGAAAAUAUACUGUAUUUGGGUUCCUCCAGUGGCAGCACAUACACGUAUGAUAUGCGUUUCCCAGACAACAUUUUAGAGGAAUAUAAAACUGAGGGCGAUUUAAGUACUGUGAUUAAUGUAGCCAGUGUGUCCCAAUGCAAUAGUUUUCCACACGGUGGCUUUCUUGUUUGCAAACUGCAAUCACUUUGGUUCUACGAAUACACUGAUACCAGCAGCACAACUAUUGCUACUCGCCUCCCUUUAGAUGGCCCUUUCUGUUCCAUGCGUUUUGAUGCCGCUCAUGAAACGCUGCUAGUCUCGGCCCGGUGUAGUAUGCGCCACCCACAGUCACGGUAUAUAGUCGGUCGUUUGGAAAAGAUUGACAAUACGACAACACUCAAUGUGAAAGUAACAUUUCAAGGCUCCAAAGCUACGCCAGUGAUGACACGUUGUGCGCAAGUUGCGGUUGAAGCGAAUACGCUAGUUGCAGGCUACAUUCAGGAUGCCAAACAAUUAGCGUUGUUCGAUGUGCGUCGCGAACAGCGCGUCCAAACAAUGCCAGCACAGGAAAUUAUAUAUGACAUAUGCCCCGUCUAUACGAGCGAUGCAACAUACCUGGCUGGUCUUUCCGAAACUAAAUGCCGCAUGUACAAGCUGACGUCUUCAAACACUUAGUGCAAAACUGCGAAUCUGAAAUAUUUUUAGUUUUUAAUUAGGUAGAUUUGUGUUUUAAGUAUGUUUUUUGUUGUUUUUUGCCAUUUAAUAUAUAAAUAUGUAUGUUGCUUGAUACCUAAAUAUCCAUCAUAUUUAAAUAGAUCAUUUCCUUAAUGUUAACUUAAGCUUAGUCGGUUUUUAUUGAGCUUUUUUUUAUAAAAUUUGUACAUCCAAUUUCUACACCAACUCAUUAUGUAAGUUUUGUUAGUGGUUUUGCGGCAACCAAAUGAUAUUUUGUGAUCAUUAAGUCUACAUAGACAUACGUAAGAUUAAGCAAAAAAUACUAUUGAAAUCCUAUUAAAUAUAUGGAAAUAAAAAUUUGCUCAGACUGAAUGUGAA